GAGAGAAGCCCUGCUGAACCCCUUAUAUUAUCUCCUUUCAUAUCUCUUAUCUUUUCUAAACCUUGUAAAAAAAAAAAACCCAGGAGCUUAAGUCCUGAAAGGCUGAAACGCGUGCAAGUGCUUGCAUCAGGCUCUGGGGGAUUCAAUGGCCAGUUGGGUUUUAACAGAUUCUCUUAUAAGACCCCUCCCUGGAAAUAGAAUCUUUCCUAAACCCAGAUGCACAUCAGCUACAAAUAACAAUAAUGUUUUCAAGAUUAGAAAUUUACCAGGUUCUAAAGCUAACAGUUUUGGUUCUUCAUUCAAGGUCUCAACUUUGUCUAGAGACAGAAACUGGGGGCUGUUGAAUGUGAGUGCUCCAUUGAAGGUGGUAAUUACUAGCGAAGAUGACAAGGAUAAAGAGACGAUUAAUGGGGUUAAUGGGAUGGAAGAUGGUGGUGAGUUUGACCCUGCUGCACCACCUCCUUUCAAGUUGGCUGAUAUUAGAGCUGCUAUACCAAAACAUUGUUGGGUUAAGGAUCCAGUGAGAUCUAUGAGUUAUGUUGUAAGAGAUGUUGUUGUGGUUUUUGGAUUGGCUGCUGUUGCUACUUACUUCAACAAUUGGCUUGUUUGGCCUCUUUAUUGGAUUGCUCAGGGAACAAUGUUUUGGGCUCUUUUUGUUCUUGGUCAUGACUGUGGUCAUGGUAGUUUCUCAAACAAUCCAGUAUUGAACAGCGUGGUGGGUCAUCUUCUUCAUUCUUCAAUUCUUGUUCCGUACCAUGGAUGGAGAAUUAGCCAUAGAACUCAUCAUCAGAAUCAUGGACAUGUUGAAAACGAUGAAUCAUGGCAUCCGUUGUCUGAGAAAAUUUACAAGAGUUUAGAUAAUGCAACCAGAUUACUUAGGUUCACCUUGCCUUUCCCUAUGCUUGCUUAUCCUAUCUAUCUGUGGGGUCGAAGUCCUGGAAAAAAGGGUUCUCAUUUCCAUCCAGACAGUGAUUUGUUUGUUCCAAAUGAAAGAAAAGAUGUAAUUACCUCCACUGCUUGUUGGACAGCCAUGGUAGGGCUGCUUGCAUAUUUAUCUUUUGCAAUGGGACCAAUCCAAUUGCUUAAACUCUAUGGCAUUCCUUAUUGGAUCUUUGUCAUGUGGUUGGACUUAGUGACUUACCUACAUCACCAUGGCCAUGAGGAGAAACUUCCAUGGUACCGUGGAAAGGAAUGGAGUUAUUUGAGAGGAGGGCUUACAACACUUGAUCGCGACUACGGAUGGAUCAACAACAUCCACCAUGAUAUUGGAACCCAUGUUAUACAUCAUCUCUUCCCCCAAAUCCCACAUUAUCACUUGAUUGAAGCCACUGAGGCAGCAAGGCCAGUACUCGGGAAACACUACAGGGAGCCUAGGAAAUCCGGGCCUGUUCCAUUUCAUUUAUUUGGGAUCCUCAUAAGAAGCAUGAAAAAGGAUCACUAUGUGAGUGACACUGGUGAUAUUGUGUAUUAUCAAACAGACUCUCAAUUAUUUGGAACCAGCAAAUCAGAUUGAAGUCCUGAAGUGUUUCAAGCUUAACAAGUAAAAUCCUACAUAUUCUCUCCGCCAAGUAUUUAAUUACUGAGUUCCAACCGUGAUUCGAAUAUGUAAUAUAGCAUUUGAUAGUCAUUCUGCCACUUGAUUUUAUUCCUUCUCUCCCAACUGACAAGAGCCUAUGAUGCUUUUCAUUCACAAGCUCUUGCCUAUGAAAUGUUAAUACAAAAGAAAUCUGCAAUUUCAGUUGGGACUCGCUCCCUUGGGUGCUCUAUGAGCAAUACAAAUGGUGUGAACGAAGUAGAGAAGACAAUAGAUAUUAGUCUCUUUCGAGAUUCUAUAAAAAGCCACACAAGUGAAAUGCAGUUGAAUUAUGGUCCUACAUGACCAAGACAAGUGCAACAAUAUAUGGUCACAAGCAUGUUGCUUUCAUAGCUUCAACCACACAAUGACCAUGUGCAUGUUCUAUGGCGGCAGAUGAUCAUCAACGAGAGGUGUAAACAUUGCAAAUAAAGCACCAUUUUGCAUUUGCGAUUCAUCAUGUUUAACUUUUUUUAAUUUCAUUUUACAUCAUUGAAUAUGCAAGAAAACAAUCCUACUCUUUCAGGGUGGUGUGUUACAAGAUGUCUUAAAGCUAUUACAAUUUCACCUAAAAGAUUGACCAACAGGCUAGUUACCAAAUUCCCUUGCGACUCUUGAAAUUUCCUUUGCAACUGAAAGGGAAACGGACUGUUUGGACUUGGGCCAAGGGACCAUCCCAAUAAAAUUGGCACCAGCUUCUGCUGCCUUAGCAGCAUCUCUAGCUAAUGUAACACCACAGAUUUUGACCAAAGGGUGAUUCUGUUCAUGCUCCUCAUCAGUGGAGAAGACUUGGUUCAAUUGUGCAAUGUUGCAUCUGAUUUUGUUCUUUGGGUAUGACCUGAUUCUUAAGGCCUGCAAUUUUCCUCCAUUUGUGCCUGCUGACCAGUUAAUACAGACACUCUUGAGGAAAAAAAGACACUAAACGUUGAAAGAAUCAUCUGAAAUCAGAAGCUACCAGUGAUUUGCCUUCGAUGAAAGUUCAAAAGUUUAGGCUGGAAUUGACUUCCAGUUGUUAUACCUGUGUCAACAAUUAUAUAACUGUAAAAAAUAAAGUAAAAAACAUGUCCUACUAACAGAAAUGAAUGAUAAGAGAGACAAAAGAAUCACAAUUUAAGUUUGUGUCCGACUAAAAUUAAGCUUAAGAUACAGCACAAAGUCCAUUGCAUUGUAAUUAAUGAUAUCAAAACAAGACUGAGGCAUACAUUGGAAGAUAGAGUUUGUAAAAGUGACAUGGUUUUAUAAUCAUUUAAGCAUUCAUUUUGGUUGCAAAUAAAGCAACUAUAUAAUUCAAAUACACCAGAUUAUAGCUUUUUUGAUAGAAUCAAAACCCAUUAGUCAUUGAAAUACACAGGGUCAAACCUAC